CUCUUUCCAUUGAGGCACGCUGCUUCUCUGAGUGCUUCUUCGAGUGAUUGCAGGUCUCCAGUGAAAAAUUGCUGACCCCCGGCUCUACUAUUUGUCUGCUGUCUGACCUUGACAGGCAUUGGAAUAGGCAGCAUGGAUUUCACCCCGACCGAUCCCCCUGCCUCCAGAAGAGCGGCAGCUUCCCGGGACUCCUCCAGGGGCCAGGGCUCCGGCCUCCGCCAGCGGGGCCCGCUAUCCGGUAGCCCUGACCCCUCCCCGCCGCUGCCCACUGUGAGCCAGCGCCUGGCCGUCCUGCGCCCAUCACGGGAGCUCCUGGAGCACUACCGGAAGAAGAUCGCCGACUUCGACGAGGAGCACGAGGCCCUGACGGCCAGACUGGACAAGUACAAAGCCACCUGCGAGGAGCAGCACAAGCUCCAAUGGGAAAUGCGACAGCGGGAGGAAGAGAUCGCCGAGCUGCAGAAAGCCCUGAGCGACAUGCAGGUGUUUCUCUUCCAAGAGCGAGAGCACGUUCUGCGUCUCUACUCGGAGAACGAUCGGCUGAAGAUCAGGGAGCUGGAGGAUCGGAAGAAGAUUCAGCACCUCUUGGCCUUGGUAGGAUCGGACACGGGAGACCUGACCUAUUUUCACAAGGAGCCCCCUCACAAGGUCACCAUUCCACAGAAGCCAGUGCGGGCCGGGGAACCCCAGGAACGCAAAGAGAACCUCGUUUCCAGGACAGGUCCAGCAAAAAGCGCAGCGAAACCAGCAGCCAGAGGGGAGGCUCUCCAAGACCCCAGAACCUACCAGAGGGACAGUCAGACACUCGUACUGCAGGUGGAGGCCCUGCAGGCCCAACUGGAGGAGCAGGCCAAGCUGUGCAAGGACCGGAUCGAGGGCUUCCUGGAGGACAGGCGGAUCCGGCUGGAAGAAGCCCAGGUCCAGCACCAGAGAGACCAGGACAAGAUCAAAGCGCUGGCUGACAAACUCCGGCGAACUCAGGACCUGUUGUUUGAGAGCACCCGGGACUACCUGAGGCUCAAGUCGGACGUCCGGGUCAAGGAGAAGUCCUGGCUGGCCGAGAAGGACCACUUGCUGAGGGAGAAGGACCAGUUCCAGGAGCAGCUUCAGGAACGGGAGGAGAAGAGAGGUGGCAGGCAACUCUCGCCACCCCGUCCGCAGCCCGCACGGGCAAAUGGCGACAACGUUAAGGUGCUGCAGGAGAAGUUAGCCCAAGAGCAGAAGCUGUCCAAUAUGUACCGCGAACAGUGUGUUGCCUUGGAAGACGACCUGGCCCGAAUCCGGGAAGAAGGGGACGUGGGGCGAGAGAUUUUCAAGGAGCGCUCUGAAAAGAUGGGGAAGCGUCUGCAGUUGAUGAAUCAGCGCUACGAGGCGCUGGAGAAGCGACGUUGCAUGGAAGUGGAAGGUUUUAAGGCGGAUAUCAAGACCCUCCGGCAGAAACUGAAGGAUGUGGAGAAGUUGUUGUUCCAGGCGACGCUCAACGUGGGGCCAGACCAGGACUUGGCCAUCCUGCACGAGGUCCGCCAGGGGAACCGGAGGACUCACAAGAUCCAGGGGGAGCUGAAAAGCCUUAAGGCCAAGAUCUACCAGCUGGAGAGCGAGCUGAGGGUUUGCUGAGGGCUGCCUGGCGGGUGCUUCCCUGAGUCCUGCCCCCUCUGCCCGGCCACCUGAUCUUUGACCCGGAGCGGCUGGGGGCGGAGCCCCAGGAUUUGGGGGACUGGCCUUCAAGGACGCUCUCUCACCCAGCCUCCUGUUUCCUGGCCUGGCAGAUUGACCGCAGCUGAAAUCGAGCUCCCGGUGGAUUUCCCCGGUAACCUCAGCAGGAUGGCAGAUCUCCUGGCAGGAGCUGGAGGGACCCUGACAGGGGAACUGCAGCUGGCCCUGGUUGAGGUGCUGAGGCUCAGGUGCCACCUCUGAAGGCACCAUGGUGGGGCAUGGGGCAGCAGGCUGGACUCGUCAGAAGCACUGCUGCUACUGCUGGCAAUAACAAGGACAGUCAUGAUGAGGAGGAGAAGGAUGAUCAGACCCAGAAGGUAGAAGAAAGGAGAGGAUCUCUGGCCAGCACCCCAGCCCGGCUCUGCCCCACCUGGAUGUGGUUACAGACCACACCUAGUCCCACUUAGAUGCAAGGCAGCUUCAGUGGGGGCAGCUCUCUCCAAGCCCAGUUGCCCCGCCAGGCUGCUGGGGCUACCAGCCCAGGCCCGGUGUCGGUUGGGUCUGCCGGCCUCCUCCUGGCUAUGGCUCCCAAGUGGAAGCCACGGGCUCACAGCCACCUUAGGCCUGAACGCUUGCAGACCAGGUUCCGGCCGGGAGCCACUCACGGUAGCAGGGGCCCCUUGGGAAACAGGUUAUUUCAG